AUGUUUUGUUGAUCAUUUUAGACGACUUCCGGCCGGCGAUCAAGGGGUACGGAGACGAAAACGCCGUAACGCCCAACAUCGAUAGGCUCGUGAGAGGAGGGUAUCGUUUUGAAAAUGUUUUUGCGCAGCAAGCACUUUGUGCGCCGAGUCGGAACUCGAUGCUUACCGGAAGGCGUCCCGAUACGGUGCGCUUGUACGAUUUCUACAGCUACUGGCGCGAGUUCUCUGGUAACUUCACCACGCUGCCGCAGUAUUUUAAGCAGCACGGUUAUCGAACCCAUUCCGUGGGCAAAGUUUUCCAUCCUGGCGUUUCGUCGAACUUUACCGACGACUACCCGUUGAGCUGGUCCGAACCGACGUACCAUCCGCCGACGGAACAAUUUACCAACUCUCCCGUUUGCAUCGAUCCGAUUGAUGGACAGUUACGCAGGAAUCUUCUAUGUGCGGUGGUUCCGGAGAUGCAACCACUUCACACACUACCAGACAUGGAGAGCACGGAGGAAGCAAAACGUUUUCUAAGAGACUACGGCAAUGGGCCGUAUUUCCUUGCCGUCGGUUACCAUAAACCUCACAUCCCGUUCCGCAUUCCGGUGAAGUACCUCAACCUCCACCCACAGUCCAAAUUUUCGUCCGUCGGUUCAUGGGAUCGACCGUGGGGAUUACCAGCGGUAGCUUGGGCUCCCUUUUUAGACGUACGAGAACGAGAUGACGCCCAUAUCCUGAACAUAUCCUUUCCUUACGGGCGUAUUCCGGAAGAUUUUCAACAACGCAUCAGGCAACAUUAUUACGCCGCGGUGACUUAUGUAGACGAACUGAUUGGAGAGCUGCUGGCCGAGGUGGAUCUGGCUCGUACGAUCGUAAUGCUCACCUCCGAUCACGGGUGGUCACUCGGUGAGCACGGAGAGUGGGCAAAGUACAGCAAUUACGAUGUGGCUGUGCGAGUUCCGCUCGUUAUCAGCACUCCAACGAUGAACGCUCCGGGCAGUGGUUCCGAAGAAGUUAAAAUUGAGAACGUCGUGGAGUUGCUGGACAUUUUUCCAACUGUCGUCGAUCUUGCUGGACUUCCGCCGAUACCAGCUUGCCAUGAAAAGCGACCUCGCAAAGCGUUAAGCUGUGUGGAAGGGAAAUCCUUAGUGCCGUUGCUGUUGGCCAAUGGUACCGCCAACGAGGACAGUAGUCCGGAGCAGUGGAUUGCCUACAGUCAGUAUCCACGGCCGGAACCGUACCCAAGCAUCGUACCGAGUAGUGACGAUCCAAAGCUUCGUUUCAUUCGAAUCAUGGGCUACAGUCUGCGCACGGAACGGUUCCGAUACACGGCGUGGAUUUCGUUCAAUCCGAAAACUUUCAAACGAGAUUGGAGUACGGUGCAUGGCGAAGAGCUGUACGACCACCAGAUCGAUGCGAAUGAGAACUUAAACCUUGCUGACAGACCACAGCUCGACCAAAUUAAAAAUUACUUGAAACGAACACUGCGAGCAAAGUUUCCGUAAGCUGUCUACCUGAAUGUGGAAGCAAGGGCUAAAACGCGAGCUACAAGGGUACUGGGUUUUAUUACAUAAAUAUACAAAUUUAUUCAUAAAUUUCCGGCCUCCAGUAGAGUGGGAACUUGUCGACUAUACACAGCAAAUCCUGCGCCUCCCUUGAUACGUUCAAUAGUGACAGAUUACGGCUUCAGAGUGAGAGAGCCAAAAAAACCUUUAUCACUUGCUUACGAAAAGGUGCUCGUCGUGAUUUUACUGUUGCCUUGUUUUCUGGAAACGACAAUGCCUUUCUGUUCAUGUCCUUUCAAUGCGUAUGAUCGCAUACCAUCGUGCUGCGGAAGGUGAUAAAAGUGCCUCGAAAAUAUAUAUACCUUGAAAGCGUGCCAACGAAACUCAGGGAAAAGGCGGGCGGGUUGAUUAUUAACGGGCGACUAUAAAUAUCCUUUUCCUUUCGUUCGCAAAUAAACUAUUCCCGAUCCCAUCUCGU